AUACAUAUGUUGAAAUGAUAUUAGAUUGUGGUUAUAAGUUCAUUGAGAAAUACAUAAGUAAUAAAUAAGUAUUAAUGGUUCUAUGAUGAUUGUUCUCAUACAAUAUAGCAAAGAUGUAAUAUAAUACAGAAUAGUAAUUAAUAGAUACAAUUAAUAAUUCAAUUUAUUCGAGUACUGCAAUCUGUCAAUCAAUUAUUUUGAGAUUCUUUAUUUAUUCAUAAAAUUUCAUAGUAUAUAAAAGCAUCAAAGAAUUUUUGUUCAAAAACUGAAUUUAUUUCUUCAUACACAAUAUGGAUUUGAAAGCUGUUGUUGUUUCGGGUGAAGCACCAGAAUCUGAUGAUGACUCUGCAAGCAUUGUCACUGGUAUGGGAUUUCCUUUUAUAAGAGCUCCUAAUUAUUGUGGUACGAUUAUUUCUGGCGAAGCUCCAGAAUCUGAUGAUGAUGGAACAAGUAUAAGUAGUAUUAGUGGAGCAGUUGAUGCUAUGACAUGUAUGCCAGAAGUAAAAAUACCAAAAUCAAAAAAAUGUUCUAUAAAAUACAAUAGUCUGCUUCAUAAAAAAUUACAUGAAUGCAAUGAAACAUUGGAUAAAGACCUUAUACAAAUGGUUGAUGGAACAAUUGGUAAUGCCACUCAGGAAUUAUCAACUGUUAAUAAGCAAUUGCUAAGGAGUGAACUUAUUCUUCAAGAGGCUGUGUCUCAAUUACGUAGUGCCGGCAAUCGAGUGAGGGAUACAUCCAAUGCAUUACAUCAACUUAUAGAUGGAAAUUUUAUAUCCUCUAUUAAAACCUAAUUUAUGUAAAUAUAUCUUGUUAUAUAUAAUUGUUAUUCAAAUAUGUAAUGGACAUGAGAAUAUAAUAAUAAUAACAAUAAUAAUAGAAA